AUGGACAAGUUUGUCUCCUUACUGAUUUUUGCUGCAUUCCUGGGACUCACAUGUAAGUUUCCAGAGACUUUUCUUCUUCUUUUUAAGCUACUUCCAUUUCCCUAUCUACAUUCCCUAUAUUUCCCUUCUCGAGUCACUUCCAGUGUUUCAAAUGUGUCCAAAAAUUUCAUUUAAAGCUUUCUUCAUCUUGAAGUGAUCAAUCCCAGAAUGAUAAAAAAACCGUUUGAAUUUCCCUCUAAAAAAUUGCAUAAAAUUGAAUUAGUCGUGACUAGAAACCACAUUUAUCAAGGGGCACUAAUUACGUGAUGUUUCGAGGAUUCUAAAUCUUUGGGUUUUACCUAUCUUCCAUGCCAGAAUCAGCUUAUAGAUGCGAGAAAAUCCUCAUUUAAACGAAAAAAAGACAUCAACGCAAAAAGGAGAGUGAUUAAAAUCUAAAUCACUUUAUCGUGAUUUGCAUCCGUUCUGCCCAGGAUCUUAAUUUUUUUUUAUCUUUUCUGAAAUGUAAUUUGUGGUGGCCACUGAUAUGUGUCAACGUGUUUUCAAACUAAUGAAAUAUUAGAAAAAGAAUGGCAAAUUGUGGAGGACUUUCAAAUUCCGAAACCAAAACCUCCUCUUACAAAAAUGAAAACAUAAAGAAAAAAACUAAGUAACUGGCCAUCAAGCUACAGGGCACUGCAUAUAACGGGGUAAAUGGUUUAGAAUUACAACGAUAUUUUCUUCAUGUUAGAAUCAUUGUAUUUUGGAUAAUUUUCAGGUUCAUUUCCAAGCAAAGAACAAGGUAUGGUUUUUGUUAACAAGAAGUAUAAAAGUAAAGCAAUUACUACCAGACAGGUUGAAUUUCCUAAAUUUUCUUUGACAAACAACUAUACUUGUUUCAAAAAUAAUUUAACCAAGACCACCUUAACAGUCUUAUCAGCCAGUAUAAUUUUUCAAAUAAAUUUACGAAAAGAAUAUAAACUGGGUAAUCGAAUGAAUAUGGCUUAUCUUACCAGUAAAAUAAUAAGGAAAAAUUGAAUUUCAGCGUAAGUUACACGAUAAUGUGGUGUAAAUUUAUUUAAUUUUCUAUUCGUAGAAAGGAAAAACGAUAUAAAAUGCACUUUCAUGCUUACGGCAACUAGUUAGUUUUAUCAUCUUCUGUAAGAAGCGAGCCAUUAUUUCUGAGUUGAUUACAGUUAGAGUGACUAUUCAAGGUUUGUUGUAAUUCACACUGAUGGACGACACCAUUAACAAACAAUGUCAACUUUUUUUGUUUUCUUUGUAAUCACCAAACUCAAAAUCAAAAUUCUGUUUAAGGUUUUGGUUGCAAAGGUGUAAGGAAUUUUAGUUACAAAUGCACGCACUAUCUCUAUUUUCAAUACAUCUUUACGGCUCAGAUUACUAUUCUCACUUUGUUGACUCAACGUAAUUAAACGUACAUAAACUGUCAAAUUCGGUUUGGAAAAUGAAAUAUGAGCAAUAAAGAUGAAAAUAAAACCUUGCAGUACAUUACAGUAAAACAUAAAACUUCUUAAAUUUUAAAGAAAGCUUCAUUCAUAGUGCAAUAUAACCGAUGCACGCUGUAAGUUAUUUCUUGUGCCUGUCAUUUAAAUUUCCUAAUUAAGACAACUUACUAUUUGACAGAAAUUUUUUGUAAUAUUGCCUCUCUUAUCAGUGUGAAACUAAAAUUACUUCUGCAAAGAGAAAUAAUUUUUUUUCGGUAAUCUAAUAGCUUUUAAUUAAACUCAUAAUCUUUACAUCAGAAUAAAUCCAAUUUGUUUUUUAUAUAUCUAUCACUUAGCCAAGUUUUUUCUUUUUUUAAUCAAAACGAAAGUCCACUAUUUUUUGGGUACUGGUACCGUAGCUUUUUAAAAGACAAAUAAAGGUAAAGGCAGUGCAUAGACUGACGAUAAAAAAAGCAUUUCAAAAACGAUCUUUACCGGCGCACACAAUUCAGGGUUGCUUCAUACAAAGCUAUUUUUCUGAGUGCUCCAAGCCAUAAAACAGUAGACUUCAUUAAAAAAGGAAAAAAAAACAAUAUCCGGUGUCUCUGUUCAGUGAAAAGUAAAGUUUGAAAUAGUUUUAAAUAAUGUAUUUUUUCAGCCGAGUUUUCAUUACUUUUAAAGUAGAAUGAAAGGUACGUGGCGGCAGACUUUUGGAAGAAAACAAAAGCCCCAAUAUACACAAAAUACAUUAGAAUACAACUUAUUUCACAUUUCUCAGUUUCUUCAUCUUACUCUUUUUUUUUUCAAAAAAGGAGCUCUGUAAUAAAAACAAAACUGGAAAGAGGAAGGAAAUACCUAGGGCCCAAAUAAACCGACUCUGGAUAGUGUAUUUUUAUAACUUUUGUGUAGUACUCAUUCAAAACCAAAUGCAAAAACACACAUACAGCAAUAACGCUAACGUAAAGCGGGAAAAUAACACUGGUAAAGCGUAAAAAAGCUUAACCAAAAAAAUAAAUACAUAAAUAUAUCAGCAGUAAAACAUGGACAUGAAGACAUCUCCACAUUAAAAUAUACGAGAAGAUACCAACGGACACUUGAAAAGCCAAGGAAUGUGAAAGGUCACAGUCACUUACUAAGAUGGUUCACUCUAUACGUCAAAUUGCAUAAAAAUUAAAAGGUGCAUUCGAAUUUAACAAUCCACAUUUUUUUAAACGCUUCAUUUCGUUCAUGGCAACAUUAUUUAUAGGUUUUCACUAUCAGGUUUUCAUAUUUAUUUGUAAAUAUCCUUCAUAUUUUGCCAUUUGAUUCUUAUUUAAAGUCCACCAAGUAUUGUUUAUCCAUUGAUAUAGUGCUAGGAAAGAAAUAUUUUGUCAUUAAAUUCCGCGCAACGCCGGUUAAAUAAAAUAUACAAAAACACUGAGUCAUAGUAACAAGAAUAUAAGAAUGGAUGUCCACUCUAAUCAAAGUAGUUUGUUAAUGCUAAAACCUAGACGUUAAAAAUGAUUUAUUGUAAUUUACGUAUUUACCGUAUUCUGAAUCUUCUGAAGAACGAACAGACUUGUAAAUAUCUAUUUCCCCAGAAAAAAGACUUCAGUCGUUGACACCCAUGCAGCCAGAGUUAUUCACUUUUUAAUGGGUUUGGUAUACUAAAGAGACAUUUUACUUUUCCUCAAAAUAAUUCUUUUUAAGACAAAACAUAGUCUCUUUUGUCUACGUUCAGAGGGGUUUAUCCCAUCUUUCGCGACGGUGGAUUGAAGACGGUCUUAAUCCCAAAUAUUCUGCAUACCAAAAAAGUCACGUUCAAGCUUCACAGAAAUGAUCUACAUAUGAGGGACGUAAUUACAGGUUUAUAUUAAUGCCGCCAACAUGCACUAUAUUCAUGAUUUGAUUUAAAGAUAAUUUACAACUUAUUUAAAAAGGCAAUGUGGCUUAAAAAAAGAUCUACGAAGAUGCCUAACUCCUUUCUUGAUAAACAACGUUCAUCUGGUAAGGAACCCCAGCAAGCAGUUUCAACUUACUACCAACUAAUAACUUGCCAAUAUUGGCCUAACCUGUAACUCUUUAUCACCGACAAUAAAAUUACGACUAAAGGCCAGCCCCUAACCGUUAUGUUCUAAACUUGUUGACUGCAUAAGGUAUAAACAACUAUUACUAACAGCUAACGAUAAUUUAACAUUUCUAAAAUGUUCCUCAGACGCGAGAGAAAAUGAAUGGAUGCGGGAAACAGCAAAACGUUAGUAGCAAACGUUUCUUGUUAUUUACUACUAAGUGUCUGAUAGCAAAAUACUCAAAAGUGUUUCAAAUGAAUCUUUAUGAAUUUUAUCAGUCUUCUUCGACAGACAACAAGUAUAUGACUAAAAUUAAUGUUAUUUUGCUACUUGAAAGAGAAAAGGAAGCUGGCCCUGAAAGAAACUAUUCAAUAUAAAUUUCUUUUCAUGUUCAUUUCUCUUUUUAUUCUUUUCGAAAAACAGAACAUUUAUUUUUCUGAAAAUUCUAGUUAAGGUGAAAACAAAACCAAAUAAAUAUUUAAAGAAGAGAAUGAUGUCGCAAGUUUGUUUGGUUAUUUCUGGUAAAAGAAAACUUUUUGGGGAAAUACGAAGCAAGAACAUCCAGGUGAAGGUAUGAACUCUAGGGGACUACUCAAAGAAGUCUUGUAUUGGGAGGCUCCGGCCCAAGGUCCAACCCCCUUACCCUUUUAUAUACCACUUUUGAUACGUACUUAGUUUAGAACUUUCCAUCCCUUUUAACUGCUAUAAAUUCAGUCUUUAAAAUAUGAAUAAACCACUAAACCAGAACGUUUUCCCGACUCUUUCACAGCCAUAAAAUGCAGCCCUUCUGGCUCUUUUUAGGACCGAAAUGACAGAUUUCCCUUCCCUUUCAUGUACCUCAAGUAGUAAAAUCCCUACCCCUUCAUAUAUACUUGAAGCCUUAAAAAUGUACCCCUUUUGAGUGGAGCCUCCCCAGAUAAGCCAUUAUAGGGAGUACCCCUGGGGUAUGAACCAGGUAAUAAUUGUGUGCACAGUGACCUGGCCUUUGAAUAGAAGCGAAACAAGUGGUGACCUUGUUUCCUUAUUAACCUUUCUGUUUUUACCUUGGGUACCAGAGAUUUUUUCUCGCAUGUGACGAGGAGCUUCGUCAGCCUUCGGCCGAAGACACGAGUGGCAAAGCCCCAAGAAAAAAUCUGUGGUACCCAGGGUAAAAACAGAAAGGUUUAUAAGGAAACAAGGUCACCUCUUUUCGCACGGGGCACUUUUUAAGACUUGACCGAAACUGGAAACCGCGCAUGAAAAGUCUCUGGCAUCCAGGGUAUUCUGUUUUUAAUGUAAAUGAUAAUGUUCAUGGGCUUGUUAGCUCAAGCACAAAUUGGACAAAAAAGCAGGAAGGUUUUAAGAAAAAAGUUUCCAGCCUCACUCUAUUUAAAGGCUAGGAAUGGAGCACACAUGAAAAUUACACAGAAGACAACUACACACAAAAAUUUAUACCUAUCAGUCUAUCAGCCAGAGAGAGUCAGUUAUUUGAGCAAGUGUAAGUACUUUCUGGUCUGGUCGGUCCUAAGUUACUUUUAUUUUUAUUCCUCUCAAUAUAAAGUAGUACUUUGCUUAUCAAUAUUAACAAAGUCUUAUUUGAUUUUAACUUGCAGAAAUUGAUUCUGAAGAUGAUGACCUUGGUAAAAAAAAAAUAUCAUUUUAUUACUCUCUUAAUUCCAUUCUUUUUUUCUUUUUUUUCACUUCUCAUUCUUUUCCAUCUCCUUUCCCUUUCUUCCUUUUUGCCCAUUCUUUCAUCCUUUAUACGAUAGAAAAGUAAUCAUAAUAAUGAACUAAACUUACUGAUCAUUUCUUGCCACCCUUACAUUUUUUCUGCUAGAAACCAGAAGUAAAGUACUAUGCCCAGAACUUGGCCUGCUGGAACACUAUCACGUGAAUUUGGGGGCAAGUCACAUCCCUUGUUCACAAGUAACCAGGAAACGUAAGCACAGUAUUGCAGAUAUUAUGAAAUUAGACCCUAACAAGGCUAACGCCACAGUUUUAUUUAAUACUCUACUAUCCCCUGACUGCAACAAUGCGGUAGUUCCUAAAAAAGAGGGACAAAUAUCCUUCCCUAUUGGUCUGUUUACUAUAAAAUGCAGAAUGGCAUUCAAUCACACUUGUUUCCUUAGUUUGAGUUUAUUGAAUUGCCACAAAUCUUAUCACGUAAUACAUGAACACAAAACCUAGUGGGAAGAAGCCAAAAGGAAUGUACUGAUCAUUUAGCUAGUUGGCUCCCUGUAAUAGCUAAUUGAUUAAUNACUCUCUUAAUUCCAUUCUUUUUUUCUUUUUUUUCACUUCUCAUUCUUUUCCAUCUCCUUUCCUUUCUUCCUUUUUGCCCAUUCUUUCAUCCUUUAUACGAUAGAAAAGUAAUCAUAAUAAUGAACUAAACUUACUGAUCAUUUCUUGCCACCCUUACAUUUUUUCUGCUAGAAACCAGAAGUAAAGUACUAUGCCCAGAACUUGGCCUGCUGGAACACUAUCACGUGAAUUUGGGGGCAAGUCACAUCCCUUGUUCACAAGUAACCAGGAAACGUAAGCACAGUAUUGCAGAUAUUAUGAAAUUAGACCCUAACAAGGCUAACGCCACAGUUUUAUUUAAUACUCUACUAUCCCCUGACUGCAACAAUGCGGUAGUUCCUAAAAAAGAGGGACAAAUAUCCUUCCCUAUUGGUCUGUUUACUAUAAAAUGCAGAAUGGCAUUCAAUCACACUUGUUUCCUUAGUUUGAGUUUAUUGAAUUGCCACAAAUCUUAUCACGUAAUACAUGAACACAAAACCUAGUGGGAAGAAGCCAAAAGGAAUGUACUGAUCAUUUAGCUAGUUGGCUCCCUGUAAUAGCUAAUUGAUUAAUUAAUGCACUAAUUUUUUAUGGAUGAACUUCCCCCUUUCCCUGUUCCCCCUAAUUUUGAUGGUGAGUUGCCUCACUAACAGAAUUCCAUUUUUUUGUUAUUUUUAACAGGCGCCGCCAACUUAAUACAAGAGUUUAAAAAGAGAGGUAAGUUGCAAAAAAACUCUACAGUCUCCCAUAUCUCAAUGGUUUGGAUAUCCCAUGAUACCUCAUGAGUUUGGCCCUCUUGAAAGCAUUUCAUUUUUUUCCUUUUUUAGUAUUUCCACAAAGCUGGUGGAUGUAUGUUUAAGACGAAACCCUUGUUGAACACUUUUUCUUUGAUUCAACUUUGAUAGAACAACUUGACUCAAGGGUCCAUAAUUUGAGUUAAGUAUAAAAACUGCAUGUCAACAAUGAAAAAAUUUUAGUCUGUUGACAAAACCUUGAUCAGACUGGAUUAGAUCAAACUCUAUAACCCUAUCCCUAAUCUUUUAUCAUUUAAUGAAUGGGUUGAUCCAGGCUUAUCCAGUUCAGGUUUUGUUGACUCCUAAUCCCACUUCAUGCAUGGAACAACAUGUUUUGCCCAAGCGAGGCGAAGUCUCUAUGACUAAAAUAGCUUACCUUUGAUCUUUCUCGAACACGAUCUGUCUUUUGUUUUACGGCUAUAUUUAUUGUACUCUCAAUUUUUCUGAAAUCUUAUUCUGCAUACAAGUUUGAUAAAAAGCUGCAUUGCAAAUAAACCCUUUUACGAUUGUGAGGGCAUGCUGGGUAAUCAGGACAGAUGGCGGAAAAAUCAAAAGUUUGCAUGACAAUAUAAAGUCAUUUAGUUCUUGCUAAUUGAAUAUAUCAUAUUUUGUCACUUUCCCUUUGAAAAUGUAACUAAUGAGCUUAAAGAAACUACACACUAAAUCUGGAGUGCAUAGCAGUCCUUUGUUGAUUUUUAGAAAACCUGAGUAUAUCCAUACAUUUACUGUAAUCUGACGACACAAAUUUACAGAUACAGUAUGGAAGACAUCAAAUUUUCUAAAAAGCGACAAAGGACUGCUGUACACUCCACACUUAGUGUUUAGUUUCUUUAAGUUCAUUAGUUAAAGUUUGAAAAGAGCAAGUGACGAAUGUAUUCAAUUAGGAAGAAAUAGUUGACUGUGAAUUCCCAUACAAACCUUUGAAUUCCCCGCCAUCUUGUCCUGAUUACCUAGCAUGCCCACACAACCGUAAAGGGGUCUCUAUAGUCAUCGUAAUGCGAGCACUUUCAAGCACUAGUUAAAUUAAAUUUAUAGUGGAAUUAUGAUCGAUGGCAGUGCUACGAAUUAAUAUAAAAAUAUCUUCAGAACCGCUCGCUUUUGAGGCGCGCGGUUUUAAUGCUUAUAGUUAAUAUGAUAAAUACGUAAUAAAGGGUCUAACUAAGUUUAUCGAUCCGCCGAAGCUUCCUUGGAACGAUUGUUAUGUGUAAAAGCUACGUAGUUACUAAAACAAGGAAUGACCUACAAUGACCUACAAUGACCUACAAUGAUCUACAAUGACCUACAAUGAUCUACAAUGAUCUACAAUGACCUACAAUGAGCUACUAUGACCGAACGUGUAACCCCUGUAAUGAGCUAAAAUGAAGAUUUUAGAAAAAGACAAAAAAAAAGACCAGGGGACGUGUGUCGUAGUUACUAAAACAAGGAAUAACCUACAAUGACCUACAAUGACCUACAAUGAUCUACGAUGAGCUACUACGAGCUACAAUGAGCUACUAUGAGCUAAAAUGAGUUAAAGUUAAAGUCCUACAAUGAGCUACAAUAUGACAGACACAUGUCGUGUGUCACGCUUGGAUGUGACACUAGGCUCAUAGUAUUAAAUUGCCAAGAACAUUUUGAAAAGGCAAAACAAAAAUUGUGCCUGAUCCCAGGUAACCUGAGAAACUUGAAAAUAGAUUAUUGCAAUCGCGUUUUUACUGGUAUAGCACUAUUAUACCCUGUAUUGACGGAAGUCAUGCAGGCACUCCCUUAUUUGGCCUAGAUAGGUAUGGGCCGCUGAGCAGGAUAUGGAUUUUACUAUUUAGCGUUACAAACAGAGCAUCCUGUUGGACCGAAAGCCAUUUAAAGGGUUUUAUGAUGUCUUAUACAGGCCAGGGUACUUAAAGAAAAUGAACAAUUUUUCUUUUGAACAGGGUCAGAAUUUGAAGGCCUCCUUUGUUCAUCUCUACCCUUACGUCCCUUGAAGAUCCCCCCGGAUCGACUGUUGGGAUGACUGUGUUUGUUCAAUUUGUUUGAAAAAAAGACAAGACAAAAUAAAACUAAUGCGAAAGGUUGCAAGGGAUGGUUUGGACAAAAGUCACAGUAUCAUCAUACAUAUAUUAUUACACUGUAAAUUUAUCUCCAAGCGUAAUAAUCAGAGAUGCUGUCAUCGUUAAAUGGGCUGUCAUGCAGUAGACUAAACGCGUUACGUUUACGCACACAUGUCCCCUGAUCUUUUUUUUUUUUGUCUUUUUCUAAAAUCUUCAUUUUAGCUCAUUACAGGGAUUACACGUUCGGUCAUAGUAGCUCAUUGUAGGUCAUUGUAGAUCAUUGUAGGUCAUUGUAGGUCAUUGUAGGUCAUUGUAGAUCAUUGUAGGUCAUUGUAGAUCAUUGUAGGUCAUUGUAGGUCAUUGUAGGUCAUUCCUUGUUUUAGUAACUACGGUAAACGCUACCCAAAGGACAAGUUCACCCCCGGAAAGGACAUUGCCUUCCUGGACACAAAUAAAUGAAAUAAAACGUGUUGUACUGACCGUUUUCUUAGCCUUUAAACUUCACCGACCUCAAGACUCGGUUGUAACAAACAUGAAACUUCUCCGCCAAUCCUCGAAGGCACCGUUUGUGGAGCAUCGCGAGCCGCCAUUUUGGAAUAUGCUUGGGAACCUGGCUUUUGAUGCGUGACUGUGAAAUUGGCGGGAAGCGACGGGAAGCUCGAGUGCCGGAAUAAAUAAUCGAAGGCAGACGCUUUUUGGACACACUCAUCUAUCACAUUUGUAUUUGUGAUUAGAAAUAUUAUAUGCAAUCCCUCCUCGGAGUGACCUCGUCCUUAAAUUCAUUAGCAGGGCUGUAGCCGCCUGGUUGUCGUUGCUGUCAGUCUACGGCUACAGCCCCGCUCUCAGUUGCGUUAAGUAUGAUCAGCUUUAUUUGUAGAUUUAUGCUCGCACAAAGAAGUUGGGGUUCAAAGAUGAAUUAUCGAAAAAGAAUAACAUAAAUUUUAUCUUUAAUGGGAUAAUGUACUUUAGAAGAAGGAAUAAUGGGAUAAACAUUUCCUUUCUUUUGGCAUGUUCUUGGCGUUCAGAAACCGACUGGUGACGGCCCACUCUCCAGACUCUCCACUAUCUAAAUGCAUGGGACGGGCUAUAUUUUUCCAGAAUAAGUCAACUUUUAUAAGUAGAAUAAUGAUUUUUUUUUCUCCACUGUGAUAUGGCAAUAAUGAAAUUUUCGAGCCUGAAUUGGAAAUCGCGAUUUGCACAUCUCCCAUAAUACGCCGUCUUCCGACGUCUUGCCCACAAGAUUUUGCCCAAACAUUGUCCUUAAUUUCGCUUGGGACGACUGUAAUACCCAGGAGAAAAAAAAUGUCAUGCAAAAUUUUGAGGGGCAAACAAGGUGAAUUAAGGGACUGAGAGGAAAAGGGUGACUAAAUGAUAAAUAAACUGCUAAUUUUGGAAUCACACGAAACAUAAUUUCCUCCCUUUUUUUUACAGAAUUAGAAUACGAGAUGUCUGAAAUAGGUAAGAUCUAUUUGGUUAAUCGAAAUUUAGAAGAUUCAACAUUUGACUUAUCGCCAAACUACAACUGCAUAUUAAAAAUUUCAAACUUUUCGAUGUCAAAACUUCUAACAUAUUUCCGUAUCCGUCACGACACCUUAUCAGUGUUGUCUUUGUUAUGUCACGAUCACGUGAGCUGUUUUCCUUUUGGAGGGUUUCUGUUUUCUCAUGGACAUGAUUAAAAGGCCACACUUUAAAGUCCUUUAAGAAAUUUCUUUCAACACAGCUGAGUCUUCAUUCAAAAGUAAGUGGAAAGAAUAAAAUGAUGUGAACAAAAAACUAAAAAAGGAAAUUUAUGUUUUAGUAAAAUUAAGAUUUCCACAUUUCAAUACUGUUCUACUAAUUUUUAUUUUUACUUUUGUUUCAUUUCUUUCACAGAGCGUAGAGGAGCUGCCUGCUGCAGCCCAGGCUGUGACUGGCUUCUGGGCUACUUGGAAAUUGAUAGUUCAGUGGUGAAAUGUCUCGAUCGUAAAUGAACAUUCAGUUUUCUUUUCAUAAAAUAUUAAAUGAAAUCAAUACUUACUGGAAAAAAUAGGAGGUUUGUCGCGUACUGUUAAUUCCGCACAAUAAGACUUGAGGAAAAUCGUCUUAAGGUAACUGUUUCAUUGUACAAAGCUAUCACUUGGAAGUGAAUUAAACUAUACCACAUUAAAUGUUCGUCUCAUGUUAACUGUUAGCUGGUUAAAAAAGAAGGUUUAGGCGAGAAGAGGUAAAUUGGGUGGCCCCAGUUAGAUAGGAAUACUUACCAGUUAGUUUUUAGGACAAUAAUGACCACAAUGUCAAAAUAUCCUAGUAUUGUGGAUAUUUCAAUCAUGAAUACAAAAAAAAAAACUUUCUUGAGGUUCCAUGUAUUUGCGAAAGUACUAAUUAACAACACUCUUUUGUGUCAUUAGGCUCCCGUAAAGGAGACGGGACAACCAAUGAGAUGGUGGCCAUGAGAUUAUUAUUCUGGCCACGCCUCAGUGAGUGGCCAAUCUAUCCCCACGUUCAUUUUUUCCAUCUAAUCUCAUUCAUCGACCACAGGUCUAUCUGCCUCCACCGCUCUUCAUUCAGGAUUCUUCUGGGCCGCCUAAUCCGCAGGAAUCUCCCCAGAACUUUUUAAUGAAAACUAGUCUCUUAGUUUCAGCCCUAGACGAAAUGAGCAAAGCUUUCACAUUUGCCCCAAAGACUCUCACCUUGCUUCUAGUUGUCAGUGACGUAGACCACAAUAUCCAUUUCAGCAUCAAAAAGUAG